UGUCACCAGGCGACGGCUCGACCUACUGCAAGAACUAUGCGUAAUUGGAGUGAAGGAAUGUUGAUGUGGAAGAUGAAGAGAUGUUCGCUGAGUUUUGUUAUAUUCGUGGUGUUCUUACGUCUAUCCCGUACGGCACUGGGUGCGGUGCCAGGAGCCAUGUCGUGUCUGCCGCCGUCGGACAGCAAUACUUCGGGUGAGAUCGCAUCGCCUCUCCCAUCAGCUCGCCUGCCGACCAGCUUGCGGCCCCUGAACUACCGACUCACUCUGGAGCCUUUCUUAGAGUCGCCGUGGACACUCAAGGGGGAAUUGGUCCUCAUGAUGAGAGUAGAACAGACUACGAACAACAUCACUCUAAACAUGUUGGACAUGAUUAUACUUAAUGAUACGGUCAAGGUGGAAAAGUGGGGAGAGGGCGAAGUGGCGGUAGACGUGCCGGUAGUACGUCAGACAUAUGACGCAUACCGCCAGAUGUAUACAGCAGAGCUGGAGCAGCCUCUGAUGAUAGGUGGACUGUGCAACAUCUCCCUCCGGUAUGUCGGUCUGCUGAAUGAUAAGCUCGUCGGCUUCUAUCGCUCCAUGUACCAAUCCGAAGACGACACUGAGAGGUGGCUGGCGUCGACCCAGUUCUCCCCCACAGACGCUCGUCGAGCGUUCCCAGGCUUCGAUGAGCCAGGGUACAAGAGCACAUUUGAUAUAACACUGGUGCAUCCACCCAACUACACCGCUCACAGCAACAUGCCUGCCAAAUCCUCAAAAACUCGCGCUGAUGGCAAAUCUGAAACUAUCUUUGAACGGACUCCGAUCAUGUCGACUUUCAUCGUGGCUUUUCACAUAAGCGACUUUGAGUCGAUGCCUGUGAAGCGAUUGAACUCCACUUCUUUUACAGUUUGGAGUCGGCCCGCCGUACUGAAUCAAACUUCGUACGUGUACGAUGCCACCCCGGCAAUUCUGCAGUUUCUGGAGGAGUACUUCGGCAUCGCUUACGCUUUGCCAAAACUCGACAUGGUUGCUGUACCGGACUUUAAAUUUAGUGCCAUGGAGAAUUGGGGACUAAUUACGUACAGGGAAUCUGCUAUGGUGAUCGAGCCUGGAGCGUCCCCCGGCAGUCAGUUUUACGCUCUGUACCUCACCGGUCAUGAGGUGGCCCACCAGUGGUUCGGUAACCUGGUCACUCCCGCGUGGUGGUCUGAGCUCUGGCUCAAGGAAGGCUUUGCUUCGUUCAUGGGUUACUUGGCUGUCGAGUCGGUGCAGCCCAGCUGGGACGCCAUGGACAAAUUCGUCACCAGCUACCAACAGUCGGUGAUGCCUCUCGACAGUCUGCAGUCUUCACAUCCUAUCAACGUUCCUGUCAACCAUCCUGACGAAAUAGGGGAAAUAUUCGAUAAAAUUUCUUAUGAAAAAGGGGCUUCACUUCUACGAAUGGUGUACAAGUUCGUGGGAGCGAACGCCUUUAGAGCUGGGUUGUCCAACUACCUCCAGCAGCUGCAGUACUCGUCAGCUGAUCAGUACGACUUGUGGCGCCAUCUCACCGCCUCGGGCAACGACUCGCUCCCCAGCGGAGUUUCUGUCGAGACAAUAAUGGUGACGUGGACGCACAAGAAGGGAUACCCAAUCGUCAACGUCACGCGCACCGAAGACGCCAUUCUACUCACUCAGGAACAAUUCCUGUUCGGCAGCCGCAACUCAUCUGCAGGCUGGUGGAUCCCCAUCACUUACACGACCGCCGCGGCACCAGAGUUCCGCGUCUCCACUCCUCAGGCCUGGAUGCCUGAUGACCCGCGUCAAAUACUGACUAUCAACGGAUCAACUAGGCUGGAAGAUUGGAUAGCGUUGAACUUAAAUGCCAGUGGAUUUUACCGCGUGAAUUACGCUGCUAACGACUGGAAGCUACUGAACCAACAACUGCAACGACGCCACGACCUGUUCCCGCCCUCACAGCGAGCUGCAUUCCUGGACGACGCUCUCGAGCUUGCGAAGGAAGGUUAUACGAACUAUUCAAUCGCUCUGGACAUGACUCGGUACCUGGUGAAUGAAGCUCACAUCGUGCCAUGGGAGGCUGCCUUGGGAGGUUUCUCGUAUUUCUAUGGUCUUCUAUCGCAAGACAGAGCGUUCGGCGAUUUGAAGGCUUACUUCCUGCAUUUGGUUUCUCCUUGGUAUGAAAGCCUUGGGUUUGAUGACAACCCUGAAGCUUCCUACACCGAGCGCAGCGCUCGGGCUCUGGCAGUUAAAUGGGCAUGCCUGUUGGGGCACAAAGGCUGCCUUGCAAGGGCAAGGAGUCUCUACAAGACAUGGUCAAGCCAGAACAGCACCAAGGCUGUCAUCCCAGGGCUUGUCCGCUACACGGUUCUCUGCACCGGCGUGGCGGAGGCAGAGGAGGAUGCUUGGUCAGGCCUCCUGAGCAUUGCCCUGGCAUCUCCACCAGCCCAGCGCUCGCACCUUCUCAGCGCUCUGGCGUGCACACGACACUUGUGGCUCCUAGAUAGGUACCUGUGGCUGGCGUUCAGCGCGGACUCUGGCAUCAGGAAGCACGAGGCUCCGUCCAUCGUCGCGGAUGUGGCCGGGCAACCCGCUGGCCGCGCUCUGGCCUGGCGCUUCCUCAGGACAAACUGGCAGCGCAUUGCGCUCUACUUGGGCUCCAACAACAGAAAUUUGGCCACAAUGUUGAAGUCUACAACAAAAAGAUUCAGCAGUAACGAAACUAUCAUGCAGCUGGAGCAACUAAAGAAAGAGCAGGCUGGUCAUCUGGGCGCUGGCGAACGAGCAGUUGAGCAGCAGAUGGAAGAAGUUCGGGUGAAUAUUGCCUGGUGGAACGCACACUACCCCACUGUGACAGAUUGGAUUCGGAGGCAUGCGUAGCAUAUAUACGCAUGUCAUCUUGCCGCAUGUGGCAAUAAAACAAGUUUAAGUCAAAAGUGGUU